AUGACAGAAAGUCAACGCAAAGUCAUACCGAGAGACGAGGAUCUCACAAACAGUUGCGAGCCUGAUCGAUGGUCGUUCGAACUGGUCAAGUACACAAGUCCACCAAAGCCAUCAACACUCAAUCUGGACUUCAUACCAAUUUUACAGAAUCGCCACGUUUCUCGCGACACGUUGCAGCAAGUCAUCCAAAGCCAACUGGAGAUGGACUUUUCAGCCUUCUUUGACUCAUUGAAUGAGCCAGUAAGCUUGCGUCGAUGGUUACAUUCUGAAUUCAGUGGUAUGGAAGAGCUCAAUCGAAAACUCGGCGUCAAAGAAGCUGGCAAUUUCCCCUCUGAUUGGGUUGAGAAGUCCAUCAAGCUACUGGAAUCUGGUUUUAACCCUCUCACAAAUCAGUAUCUUGCCAUGUGUGUCCAACAAGUUGUCAAGCUGUGGCUCUCCUCGGUCCGUUCUAAGCUGAAGAUUCAUCUGGGUAAAUCUGCCAUGGCUUUGGGUGUUGCUGAUCCGACUGGAUGUUUAAAGCCCGGUGAGAUUCAUAUGGCAUUCUCCGAGACCUUCCGUGACGAAGUAUCUGGCGAAGUCUGGUCACAUCUCAAGGGUGAGGUGUUGGUCGCAAGACAUCCUUCUCUUAGAUGCUCCGAUAUUCAGAAGGUUAGAGCUGUCUACAAAGAAGAACUCAGCCACUUGACCGACGUCGUAGUGUUCCCGUCCAAAGGAUGCGUUCCACUUGCCCACAAGCUACAAGGUGGCGACUACGACGGUGACACUUUCUGGCUUUGCUGGGACCCAAGAUUGACGACAGACUUCAGAAAUGCACCUGCACCACUGGAUGAGCCGAAAUUGGAAUACUAUGGCAUCAAGAAGGAUGCGCGCAAGUUGAAAGAAGUCCUUGGCAGCGACAACAAUGUUGAUACGUGGCUGUCUGAGUGUUUCGAAUUCAAACUCAUGGAAGAUCUGUUGGGUAAAGUCACAAAGAUGCAUGGCAAACUUGCUUACAAGGAGAAUUCCAUCUCGUCCAAGAAAGUUGAGGACCUCGCUGGCUUGCAUGAUCUGGUCAUUGACUCUGCAAAGAAUGGUUACACCCUCACGCUAAGCGCAUUCAACAAUUUUGUCAGAAAGAAGCUUGGCAUUAGAGGAUCGUUGGAUAGACCAGCCUACGAGUCUUGGAUGGAUCCUAAGACGGACAGUACGAUCGGUCGGUUGGAGCCCAAUCUCAAACACAUUAUCGACUACCUUCUAUUCGAAAUCGUCAACCCUCGUAUUGAACAGUUGACCAAGGACUGUCAACAGAAGCUAGCGGAUGCCGAGAGUUAUGACGGGGACCUGAUCAAGCCCUACCAAGACCGAUCAACCGACAUCGACCCCAUAAUCGUUGAUGUUCUCAGACGCAUGAACGCCGAUUUGGCAAAAGUCAACUUCAUCGGCAACUCAGCAGAAAAGAUGACGAAAGAGUUGUACACACUACAAGCCAAUCGAGUUCUCGAAGCAUAUACCGCAAUCCAACCCAUCCACACCGAAGAUCGCGCAGUGCAGGAAUGGCUCAAGAGGAUAACGCCAAACUCUUUCAAUACUUGGGAACUCAUCAAAGCCUCGGCAUUUUACUUGGAUAAGCACCAAUACCGGUUGACGUUGGCAUUCUUGGUGGCGGGCAAAGAGCUUUGUCAUAUCAAAGCUUGUACGCCCGGAAGCAGAAUCAUUGUUGAGUUUUUAUGGGAGACGUAUAAGCCAAAGAAAGAGAAGAAGGCGAUCAACAAGCGACAAGCUCCUUUUCCGAUCACCGAGUCUUCUGAUUCGAGUGAGGCUGAGUUCUUUGAUGCUCCUGAAUGA